CGCCGUUAGUAACGCCGUUACUUGUAACGCUGUUAUUCCCAUCACUGAAUAUGAUGUACCUAGAUUCUAAAAUUAAUAAAUAAACAAAUAUUUCCUGUUGUUAUGGAGCUUACAGCAUUUAGUUAAAGUGGUGCAAACAUUUAAAAAGCAUGAAGAGUAACGUGAACGGAACAUUACAGUCUAUAUUCAAAAAGAGUAAAGAAAUUCAAAUUUUUUGCAUGGUCUUGAAGAAAAUAACACAAAAACAUAUUUGCCUUUAAAAUUUAAAUAAUUAGAAAUGUAAAAAUAAUGCACUUUUUUUGUAUUUACAUUUUUGCAUAUACAUAAAUAUACUACAUAUAUAUCAGUACGUUUUUUAAAGAUGAACAGUAAUGUGUCUGUGCAGGUUCUCAGGUCUAAGGAGUUUGGAAAGAAAAGCAACUGGACUUUUUAAAGUUUCUUGUAGACUUUCACCUCUUACCUGAGAAGUUCUUCAGCUGAAACAUCUUUAAGAAGUCCAGUCACCUUUCUUUAAAUUCUAAAUUUCUUUAGAUAACAGUAAUGCAAAAAAACCAAAUGACUAAAUGAUACUUAAACUGUUGAUCUGGUCUUAUUCUGUUACAGCAACAGUCCAGCUGCACUUUGUUUUCUCUUCCUAUGUGUGCCCAAAUGCAGGAGAUUUAGAAAUUGGCAAUUUAACUUGGAAACUUGAAUGUUGUAUGAGCAACAGAAAACAAUUCACACUGAAAAUUGUGGCUCAAAAAUUGGACUCGUUGGACUCGAUGUACUCGAUGUACAGCUCAGGAACAUGUCCUGGCACCAAUUACAGAGAGCGAAAGUGUUUGAAUUCCUCUCUAGCGGUAGAAAAUGGAAUUAUAAAGGUCUCUGUAAACGAUACAGUUUGUAAGGAAAACUACACUCAGCCUGAAUGCCACCCAAAUGUCACUUUCAACAAAACAGCUGUUAAUCUUACACAACAGAAUGGAAAUAUCUGCUUUAACAUGACAUCAAAGAAUGGCAUGAAAGUAAAGAUUAAAUUUCAAUGUGCUGAGUACCCUGCUGCUAACAUCAGUCUACACAACAAAAGUAAAAGUUGGAUUGAUGCCUUGGAGGACUGCCAGAGGGAUCAUUUCUCCCUGGUUGAAAUCUGCGAAAAGAAAGUAAGGGAUGAUGUGAAAAGACUGCAAAAUAAAACAGACUCAAAGACGGGGGUGUGGAUUGGACUGCAAAGGUCCAUUUUUGGCUACAGACCUGAGUGGAAGUGGAUUUCAGGGUAUAAUGUUGUAAAAUCACAGUUGAAUAGAACUUCGUCCACCAACUCUGACUUUGACAACCACUGUGGAAAAGUCAUCUUUGAUAAUAAGACAGAAGAAAUCAAGUGGUCCAAUGCCGACUGCCAUGAAAAAUUACCAUACAUUUGUCAAAGAAUGAAUGAAAAGCCCUGUACUGAUGAAUAUACAGAGAAGUCAGAGCUUUUCAUUGACAUUGACUGAACUGAUAGCACCAAAGAAAACGAUUCGCAGCGUCUCAAUCAUCAUCACAUCAAGGUGAGAUUCCUGGAGAAGCAGAUGGAUGACCCAGCAAACCCAAUGUGUAUUGUUAGAUUAUAAUAUUAUUUUAUGCCAUGUUAUACCCCUAAUUAAAGAUUGUGAAUUAUUAUGUAGUUUUAGUUUGCAUUAUUCUACUGAAUUAGAAGAAGCUGAUAACUAUUGCAUUAGUUAAACUGAUUUGCAUUACAUCAGACUGCUGAUUUAUUGUGGAUGAAUGAUAUUGUUUUAUGAUGUUAUAAGAAAUACUGUUUGCAGAGAGUCAUCGCCUUAUUUGUCUGAUUAGAAGAGAACAGAGCAUGCUGGAGUUUUCUGCCCCAUCUCAGCAGGAGCAGAUAAAACGGGGAGCC